GGCCGCCGUCGGGGGGCGGAGCGGGACGGUGCGGCCGGGGCCGCCCGGGGCCGGGGCAGGAACGACGGAGGGAGAUGGGGAACCUGUUCGGGAGGAAGCGGCGGAGCCGCGUCACGGAGCAGGACAAGGCCGUGUUGCAAUUGAAGCAGCAGAGGGAUAAACUGCGGCAAUAUCAGAAGCGGAUCAGCCUGGGCAUGGAGAGGGAGAGGGAGCUGGCCCGGCAGCUGCUGAAGGAGGGCAGGAAGGAAAAAGCUCUGCUCUUAUUGAAGAAGAAGCGUUACCAGGAGCAGCUGCUGGAUAAGACAGACAACCAGAUCAGCAACCUGGAGCGGAUGGUCCAGGAUAUCGAGUUCACCCAGAUUGAAAUGAAGGUCAUUGAGGGCUUGAAAAUAGGCAACGAAUGUCUGAACAAAAUGCACCAGGUUAUGUCAAUAGAAGAAGUGGAAAGAAUAAUAGGUGAAACCCAGGAUGCUGUGGAGUACCAGAGGCAAAUAGAUGAGAUCCUGGCUGGGAGCCUGACUGAGGAAGACGAAGAUGCCAUUCUAGAGGAAUUAAACACUAUCACUCAGGAGCAGUUGGAGCUUCCAGACGUUCCCUCUGAGCCACUCCCGGAGGAGCCCCCAGAAGCAGCACCCAUCAAGAACAGGCCAAAAGCAGAGCUGGUGGCAGCAUCUUAACUCCCGUUUCUGGGGGAUCCCCCAUAACUUUCACCCAGGACAGUUUGCCAUCCCAGUAUGUGCUGGGAACAAGCAAUGCCUCGGCAGCAUCCCAGCUGUGCUGGGCAGAUUGUGGAGCAGGAUUCCCUGUGCAGGGUGGGGAACCUCAGCCGAUGGAUUAUUGCUCUUGUAUCAAGAUUCUUUUCUAGCGCUUUCUUUUUUUUUUGUAACUUAAAUUCUCAACUCACUCAGCUGCGCUGUCUUGGGAUUAAAUAACAACUCUCAAACUUCCAAAGCCAAACACUUCUCUCUAGGUUUGAUUUCAGCUGUAAAUCUGCCUUUGCUCUGUCCGGUCCCCUCCAUUUAAGGCUCUUCUGCCUGGUGUGGCCAUCCCAGGGUUGCUGUGAGCCCUUCUCUGUCUGCUCUGUUCUCAUCCCCGCUGCUUUUCCUGCUUUGCUUCUGUUCAGGAAGGGCUGGUGGUGCUGGCACAGGCAGCUGCUCUGUGCUGUGUGCGGGCUGGGUUCUGUUCUGCCAGCUGUGCAUAAAGCCAAGCAGUCAGGGUGUUCCUUUGGGCAGGGCGCAGUGUUUGCUUGCCUUUGCCUGCAGCAGCAGCACUCUGAGAGGGGAAAACCUCCGGUGUGAGGUGAGGAGCUGGGCUGUCCCUGGGCAUGACUCACAGGCGGUCAUUAAGGAUUCCCACUCAGCUGCUCCUCCUCCUGAUCCGCAGCACUGAGUGCAGGGCUGGACCUGCAGAAAUCUGCUGAGCCUUUGAAAACUGCAGCAAGGACUUUGGCUGCGUUGGGAGCCCCAAGUCAGCCCGUGUGGCUCUGCUCCAUCAGUCUGCAUUCACCUUUGCAGUGCUCAGGUGGGCUGAGAUAACUCUGCUUCCAGCUGUCAGCUCCCAUUGGUUCCUUAUUUCCUGGCAGGGCAGCAGGAAAAGAGAGCUUGGGCUGGGUGAGUUGUGCAGUGAUGUGAAGCGUGCAGCUCCUCUGGGCAGCACACAGAGGGAUGCUGGCGUGGCCAAGGUGCUGUCAGGGCAUUCAGGUGGAGCUGUGCGUGGAAGCCAGCAGAGCUGCCAGCUCACAGAUGCUCAUAGGAAGCCACAAAUGGGUGUUAUCACAGUCCUAAAGCCACAACCCUUUAAUCCCUAUUUGCGAGACAGAGCAGAAGGACCCAGAGUUCCCUCAGAGACCGUUGUUGGGGAUAUGAGACCCGGUGCUGAGCAAUACGGAGUAACCCCAGAGGCUGUGCUGGUGAGUCAGCAGCGUUUUGUAUCUUCUCAGUCAUGUUUUUUGUUCCGCCUUCAUGUGUGACAUCCCAGAGCCCGGUGUGAGCAUUACAGCCUGCUGCCAGUGUGAGCAUUACAGCCUGCUGCCAGUGUGAGCAUUACGGCCUGCUGCCAGUGCUCUGCAGCCGCCCUAUUUUCGGUUCCUGGGCACUCUCCGUUAAUUAAUGUUGCAUAACGAAGCCGCUGGCUGGCAGGCUGCAGAGCCACGUUUACAAAGCAGGGUAACCUCUGCAAACAAAUGGCUUUCUGCAUUCAAAGGAUGGCUUACAAGUGAUCAUUGUGCCUAUGCCAAGCGCCCAUGGGUGCUGGGAGCAGCCAUCCCACAGUGGCACCGGGCUGUGUCCUGGGUUAUGCUCUGCAAUGGUUUUGCUUUCUGCAAGGCUGUUGCUCCCCUCUGUUCCAUCCUGGGUGCUUGCAGUGCUCGCUUUUUCCACCAGAGAGAGCCUCGUCUUCGCACUGCUGCCAUCAGCCUUGUUGUUCCUUCAGUCUCCUUUACUCCGUUUCCAGCUCCGUGUCUGCUCCUUUAGUUUGACCCUGUUUCAUUUGUGAUUCAUAGGAAUGGAUGCUGGGCUCUCCCAAUACGGUCCUAAAGGGACCUCAUGUGGGGCACAGCUCUUGUUGCCAGCGCUCUGAGCAAACCCUGUUCUGCAGGGUGGGCACACAUUGCACACCCCCCCAAGUCCUGGCAGCAGGGGAUCCCCUUGCAGACCCUCCCUGAGGUCUCAGUGAUGCUGGGCUGAGCACUGAGCCCAUGCCCUGUGUGCUGCUCGGGUCAGGGCUGUGGUGCAGGGGGGGGUUAAUGCAGCUCCCAGCUUUGGGAAAGGCCGAGGUCUGACCUCCCCACAGGAAAGCUGCGAGUAGAUUGGCAGCAGCUUCCUCCCUUAAUCCCUGUACCAAACAGAUUGUACCGUGUCUCCUUGGGAGGAAGCGCCAGGAGUGCUUGUGACCUCUGUGGUGUGCUGUAACAAUAAACAGUUUCUAAUGGUUUCACCAA